UAUAUAGAAUAAUAACAAAACGUUUACAAGGCAGUUAAGAAAAUUUACAUAUUUAUCAUAAACCGUGUAUUAUUAAUAUGGUCUACUUAUAUUAGUACAAGAUGUGGUAUUUAAGAGUGUUAUUUAAAAAAAUCGUCUCAUUUAAUACUUAUUUUUUGCUUAUAGUAUUAUGUUUAUGUUUGUUAUUAAUAUAUAAAUUGAAUAUAAAUUUGAAAUCGGCUUAUAUGAGUGAAAUACAUCAACUGGAACUCGAGAGUCACUUCCACAGCGAUGAUCAUAGUCACCACAUCGAUUUAGUGAAUAAUUUUUAUAGUAGACGAAAGGAUUGGCAAACAUCAAACUUAGGAUCGCUUAUGUUUAAAAACGAUACACGUGACUUUGAAUUAACUAAGGAUAGAGAGAAUCGGACAUAUGUUAUAUUAAUAUGGAGGUACUGGAAGUGGCUUCAACAUCGGCAUGUUGAAAAUUUUGGUAGCAAGCGGAAGAGCGACCCACUUAGCGCGUGCAGUGUUCAUAACUGUAAAUUUACAGGAGAAGACAGCAAGUUAUCGUCAGCUGAUGCUGUAGUAAUUCAUAUACAAAGAGGUGUAUUUCCAAACACAACUAAGAGGAAUGCAGAACAGAGAUGGGUUUUUUUAAGCGACGAAUCCCCGAUUCACGCAUUUUCAAUGGCGUCUGUGCCGCCUAAAAUGUCGGACUUGGCGAAUAUUUUCAAUUGGUCUAUGACGUAUAGGAGCGAUUCCGACGUGCCUGUACCGUAUGGCAGAACAGUGGCGUUGAAAAAACCGAUAUUAAGUCAAAUAACAUACGAACAUUUGAAGACGUUGGUUCCAUAUUGGAAUGACAAAAGUAAAGACAUUCUGGCCACUAUUCUCAUAUCGAAUUGUGCUGUUUCUCGCAGGAUGGCUUACUUGAAGAAAAUGAAGGAAUAUUUAACUGUUGAUGUGUUUGGAAAAUGUUCGGAAAAUCAUAAAGAAAGCUGUCCCGGUCACUUCAGAUCGGAUUGCAACUUGAUGUCCAAAUAUUUAUUUUACUUGGUUUUCGAGAACUCUCUAUGUGAAGAAUAUUUAACAGAAAAAUUGUUUUAUCACGCGUACAGUAAGGGCGCCAUACCAGUGAUAAUGGGUUCCACGGUCGACAUCUGUAAAAAGCUCUUACCACCCAAUUCUUUCCUGCACGUUGAUAAUUAUAAGGAACCUAAAGAAUUAGCCAAUCACAUUCUUGAUAUAAGUAAAGAUGAUAAAACCCUUCUCUCAUAUCAUGAAUGGAGAAAUGAUUUCGAAGUGCUCAACGAACAUGGAUAUUUCGGAUCAAAGUCCUAUCACCUCUGCAGGAUUUGUGAAGCUUUAAAUUACAACGAUGCUAAAACAAAGAUAUAUGAUGAAGAGAACUUACGAAUAUUUUUUGACCCAGAAUUGUCUUGUCGAUGACAUUUGUUGUUUUUUUUUUAUUAUGUUUAUUUUUAGUCCGUACU